GAGAUGAGUGACAAAACGAGCAAAAUCUGCCCCUUUCUCAUCCAAUCCAAUCCGAUCUGAUCUGAUCUGAUUCACUCACAACAGCACCUUUCCCCCCCACAGGCCAAAUCUGUUCUUCCUUUUUCGUCUGCGGCAAGCGGAACAGGUCAUGGACAGGCGCGGAUCAUUCCAACGUUCUCGCUAAAAUGGGAACCGCCUACAUCAGCGUUACGUGGUGCCAGAUCUGGAUUAACUGGGGACACGGCCAUCGGAAUAUGGACCCAUCUGGAUUGGUUUGCACAUUUCGCCGUCGAUGCUCGGCUUCGGGACUUACCCCUGGUGUUAUUGAUGGAGCCAUCACUCAUCAGUAUCUCUGCUGUUCAGGAACUGGUGUCACUAUGAUAUGGCGGGCUUUAGCACUGGUGUUCAGGUUAAUUUAUAUAGUUGCAACAUGUGGAUGCAAACAUGUCUUGCAUGGUAUUUUACAUCUAGAUGUGGGAGAUCCUGAAGUAUUUAAUGUCUAUUGUGAUACCAGAAUUAAUUAUAUAGAUUUGGAAGAAUUUGAGUGGUGUUACUUUGAACAACUAUUUGUUUAUUUCUUUGUGCUCUGAACAACUAUUUGUUUGUUCCCUAAAUAUGCAGUUUCUGGAAGAAUACUCAUCGGAGCAGCUUUUAUCUUUUGUGUAGCGUUUGAUGAACUCACAUUAAUUAAAGAUUUGCAGGCAUUCUGCCCCUAAAUGAUUUGCAUCUGCAUUUUGUCAAUCCUUUUUAUCCUAAGCUCUUGCUUUCCCUAGAAAUCAUUGAAUAUAUGAACCCAUGUUUGUUAACAUAGUCGAUUUGCAUCUAUCGUGUGGCCACGUGAAUAGAAUGAAGCAACUAAUAUGGCAAUCAACUCUGAAAAGUUCCCUGCAGAUAUAUAAAGAAAGUGGCUACUAUUGUGCUUCAACUUUGGUAGAUUCAACUCUCUGUCGUUCCCCCCUUUAUCUGCUAGUUAGACACCAAAA